CAGACACAGAACGGCUCGUCCUGACGUUGCAGGUUAUCUGGCUAGACGACGGCUGGCGGCGGGUUGGACGGGCCUAGAGCACACUAAGCACAUUUGCAGCGUGGAACCUCCUUCUAGCAGCUGUUGCUAGGGAGACGUGUCAGUUGCCGGGGCUGUUGCCGUGGUAGCAAGAUCACAACGACAUUCCUGCAUCCGGACACUCCAUGAUAUCCUCUCAAUGGACAUGGACUCCAGUGGCUAAGGAUGCCCAGUUCGCCCGCGCGUUCCACACCUGUACUCCCAUUGGGGGUAAACUCUAUCUAUAUGGCGGUAUCAGAUCACGGGACCCCAAAGAACCUCCACUUGGUGAUGUGGUGACCUUUGACCCGGAGCAAAAGUCAUCAAACAGCAGCGUUCCACAGGUCGUGUCCCAGAGGAGCCACCAUGACGCCGCUCCACUGGGGGAGAGGUGGCUGUGUGUGGUGGGGGGCUGGGACGGCUCACAGCGCCUGUCCUCCAUCCUGAGCUAUGACACGGAGACCACAGAGUGGGCGACAUGGACAGGGGAACCGUCCAGCAACCCUCCAGCGGGGCUGAGUAGCCACACAUGUACCAAGAUUUCUGACAAUGAGCUCUGCAUAGUCGGCAGGGAGGGUGGACUGCGCACACAGAGGCGGUAUGCUAGUGUGUAUACCCUGCGGCUAAAUGCCCGCUCAAAGACCUACUCGUACAAGGAGGAGGAGUCGCACACCGCGUCCCGGUCCGGGCACUCUGCCAUUCUCUUAAGAAGAGACAUAAAGAGGACAAAAAAAGUUGGGUACAACCUCUAUGUUUUCGGUGGACGGGAGUCGUCUGAGGUUGAUGUGGUCGGGCACUGGGGAGCAGGCAAAGUUCAGGAGAACGCAGAGUCCUGCCCCCGACUUACGGAGCAGCUAACACGGCUUCUGUCCACCAAGGUGGCGAAACGCGCUGAGCCCAAGGGUCUGAGGUACCAUUCGUGUUCUAUGAUUGGUCCGUUGGUGGUUGUGUAUGGCGGAGAGACUCUUUCCAGGAGCCGAGAUGCUGUUUGUAAUGACCUCUAUGUCGGCGAUACACGUUGCAGCGCUGUCUCCUGGUUCCACUUCCCGGGUAGCAAUUCUCAGCACAAGAGAGUUGGCCAUCGGACCUGUGUGCUGAAUGACGGCCUGUACUUGGUGGGCGGGUUUGGCGGUGAUGGGAAGACGCCGUGUCCUGAGAUUUGCAUGUUGGAGAUGAGUCCAUGAC